AAGAAGAAGACUCUUUCAACAACGUUCUGUUCCACUUCCAUGGAUUCACCAAAUCCUCCCACUCAAAUCCCUAACUCGGUCCGUCCUGUUCCUGGCUCCAAUCAGAGCUACGCCGAUUCGAUUAUCUCAUCGCUCCUCUCGUUUCCCGAUUCCUCUUCGACCUCCAUUAGCUCCUCCUUCGAUCGAGUCCUCGACAAAUCUCUCGCCUCCGCUUCCGCUGAUGAAUCCGUUCAGGAUCGUCUCUGCGAUCGUACUCUCGAACUCGCCUCUCUUCUCCUCGAUUCCACUAAACGAUGCUUCCGGAAACGAGCUUCUGUUCACAAUUCCAAUUCCUGGUUCCUACCCCCAGAACUCACCAUCAAGGUGUUUUCGAUGCUUGAUACAAAGUCUCUGAUGCAAGCAUCUGUGUGCUGCACCAUGUUCAACAAAUGUGCCAUUGACCGUGUAUGUUACACCCACAUCGACCUGACAACGUCUGCUAGAUAUGCUGAUAAAGGAAUUGUGUCUACUGUGAUCAAUCGAGCUGGAAAAGAACUCAGAUCCCUCAAAAUUGGUCGUGUUGUUCGGGCAGCUGGAUCUGAUUCUGCCACGCCUUUGCUUAGCGGAUCAUGUCUAUCUACACUAGCCUAUAAUCAUGGUUUUCUUGGGAGUCGCUUAAGAAGCCUUCGGCUUUACAAUCUCAGACCGAUAAAAUACAGGUCCUUAUGCGAUGCGUUGUCAGUUUGUCCAAAUAUCACUGAUCUGAGGAUUGUUGGAUUGUAUAACAUUACCGAGGAGCUAUUUAACUCGCUGACAAUAAAAUGCCGCUUAAUAGAACACCUGUUCUUAGAGACCUAUGGUUAUCCACGUGCGUUAGAGACUAAAACAGGAUCAUCAUUGAUAGACUUUGUGGCCAACUGCCCCAACUUAACUUCUCUAACUCUCAUACGUUUUGGACUAACCGAUGAAUGGGCCCGAAAUCUUGUUGAGAGUUCUCGUAAACUGAAGUACCUGAAUUUGUCCAGAUCACCUACAAUCAAAGGUCGUUUUUUGAGGGAGUUAGGAAUUAGCUGCAAAGAUCCUCCACUCAAGACUCUAAUAUUGCGUAACUGUCCUAAACUACAGGAGAAAGAGGUGUUGGAAUUCUGUAACUCGAUACUCGCAGGGAACUUCAAAUCCAUUCGGCACAUUGAUGUUUCAAGUAACCGCGGCUUAGUUUCUUCAGUCAGGGGCAAGAGAUGUAACAAACCAAAUUUUCCACUGGAGAGGCUGAAAGAAGAAAAAUCAGAUGUCACAUUUGUGGCAGAAUUUCCAAUGACAAGUUCAAAAAAGCUCUACGAUGACGAAGAGUUGAGGCUGAUAGAGAUGAUGGAAGCUGACGACGAUGAAGUGGAUGACGAUGAUGAUUCGGAUGAUGACUCGGAAGAUGUAUCGGAUGAGGAUGAGUCAGAUGAUGAUGUCGGCAUGGGCUUUCAUGAAGAAUAUUUGUUAUGAUGAUUGUUGUUAAAUCGUCAGUUUUUAUUAUUGAGCUAGUUCCAACGGGAAGCUCUUCGUUUCUUUUUCCUCGAUAUUUAUUUGAACUGUGCACACAAACAUACGAAAUUUAUUAAACGAGUUAGAAAAAUGUGACAUUGUCGGUUAAAUUAUGAUAUGAUUUUUUGAUGAUUAAAAAUGUUGAGUUAAGAGUAAGAAUGGUUGCUUGUAAAAGAAACAACACACAAGAAUUGAUCACCGAGUUCACGGAUAACCGCUACGUCUCGGGGGAGAACUCUUGCUCCCAAGCUUCACUAUAUGAAAGAGAGAUUACACACACCAACUACUUGUGAGGUUGGUCUUUGGUUUACAGAUUUUGCACAAGAAGAACAAGGAUCACCAAUACAACAAGGAGGAAGAAGAAAGCUUGAAGAAUAAGAAAAACUGUCUCGUUUCUCUCGUAUCUCACUUUUUCUAGAAAGCUCCUUUUUGUAUAUCUUGUCUCACCUACCUCCACUUCUCAUAUCUUUGUAGAUAUUUUUAGUGUAGCAUAUGGAUCACAUUGUUCUUCUUCAUGUCAUUUUCGUAGGCCCAUUAAAGCCCAUAAUGUGUGUGUUUAGUCAAACCCAAUUAACAAAUCUCCACCUUUUGACAAACACCACACACCAACGACAUCGACAUUUCCGAAACGGCAAAACCAAUCUCUUCCCUUUGUCCUUUUGUGAAGCUUCUCAAUGUCACCGGAUCAUUGCCUCCUCCGGCGAAUUACUCCAGUGAACUCUCCCUUCUCCGGCUAACACCAAUGUUCUCGCCGGCAAUCAACUCCAGCUGCGUUUCUGCUCAAUCAUUCUCGGCGUUCUAGCUCCUCCUUGAAUUUGAGACAUCAACUUCAUCUUCUUGAAUGAAAUAAACGCAGCUCCUUCGAUGAGGCUUCUCUGGUGAAUCUCAUCAUUGCUUCCUCUGCAACUCCCAGGUACAUCCUAAUCUCUAUCUCUUAUCUCUUCACUCUGAUAGUUAGAGACUAGGAUCUUUGGAGAUUUGCAAAAAAUUUUGAAACUUAAAAGUUUCAAUUUUGAAACCAUUUUAGAUGAUGAGCUCCACCUUGUCAUCACCAGCAAAAUUCAUUGCUUCUCUCUUGAGAUCAUGUUCAACCUUUGGUAAGCAAUCUUCUCACCAGCUCCCCUUUUUUUUUCUUCGUGACUCCACCUGAAACUAGAGUCCCUGUGGUCGCUGCUCCUGUUCACCGGAUGUUGAGAAGCUCACAGCAAAGCUGGAACUUCUGACCAGGAUCAAUACUUGGAGACAACCCAGAACCUCCACUUGUGCCCGUUUGAGAGUCUCGUUGAGCUAUUGUAGCUUCCGCUUCUACAGUAGGUGGAUCUUUUAGUAGCUGCUCAUCAUUCAAGAUCUCUUUCAGCCCUAGGACACCAAAGUGAGCCAACAUUCUGACCUUCCACAAGGAGAAGUCACCUGUUCCAUCAAACCUGUCCACUUCCACCCUAGUGUUACUCAUCUUGUAAGUCUCCCAGAAACCCUAGACUUGAAUCUCUUUAGCAACCUUACACCAAGCCUGGCGCUCUGAUACCACUUGUUGAGUUAAGAGUAAGAAUGGUUGCUUGUAAAAGAAACAACACACAAGAAUUGAUCACCGAGUUCACGGAUAACCGCUACGUCUCGGGGGAGAACUCUUGCUCCCAAGCUUCACUAUAUGAAAGAGAGAUUACACACACCAACUACUUGUGAGGUUGGUCUUUGGUUUACAGAUUUUGCACAAGAAGAACAAGGAUCACCAAUACAACAAGGAGGAAGAAGAAAGCUUGAAGAAUAAGAAAAACUGUCUCGUUUCUCUCGUAUCUCACUUUUUCUAGAAAGCUCCUUUUUGUAUAUCUUGUCUCACCUACCUCCACUUCUCAUAUCUUUGUAGAUAUUUUUAGUGUAGCAUAUGGAUCACAUUGUUCUUCUUCAUGUCA